UCCUUGCGUGAUAAAGGGAAGCAUUACUUAUUUCUAAAUGUUUCUGAUAACUUGCAUUGCAAUGCAUUCACCUCUCUUCCUCAUUAAGCAUUGUUGUAUGUCUUAAUCGAUACAUAUAUAUAUAUAUAUAUAUAUAUAUAUUAGAGAAGUUCAGCGUCCUGUGUCCUUAUAUCAAACAAGCUGGAGGGGAAGAUGGAUGCGACUCAGCAGAUUGAGGAUUCCUACUCUGCAGAAGAAGAGGAGGAGAAAGGAGGAAGAACAGAAAGAGAACAAGUGGCAAUAUUGAAGGUUUUUACAAAUGAACACAUCCCAGAGACAGAAUUCCCUCUCCACCUCGGAGAGAAUGUCUUGGGUCGUGAUCCUGCUGCCUGUUCUGUUCUGCUUCCGGCCCGAUCUGUGUCCAGUCACCAUGCUGUCAUCUCCAUCUCUGUAUUACGCUCUAGUAACAGCCGUUCGGAUGACAGUGAUGCCGUGGAAGCACUGUUAUGGGACAUGGGCAGUUUGAAUGGAACCAGAAAAGGCAGAUUCAAGCUGACGCCUCAUGUACGAUAUGCUUUGGCCGAGGGAGACAGUGUGGUACUUGCUGACGUGCCAUGCCAAUAUAUCAGCCUAAACACCUCAAAAAGAGAUGCGCAUAUAGUUCUAGAGAGUGUAGGAACGUCCAAGCAAGAAAAAAUGGGAAGUCCAUCACUGCCCAACUGUGACUCUGAGUCAAAGAUGAGGAAAGGAGUGCAGAAUGGAUUGAAUGAGAAAGGGAGGAAUGUCUUGCCUCCAGUGCCUUUAUGGAGUUCUGAUGAUGAACAACCCAAGAGUGCAGCCAGUCUGCAUUCACCACAACCAACUCAAAAACAGCCUGAGAUCACCCUGGUGCCUGAAUCUGACUCUGGGUCAGAUGGAGAAAGUGAUUCAGAUGGGAGGAAGGAUUUGGUUUCAGAUUCUGCAUCCUCCUCUCAUCUGUGUAGUCCCACAAAUUCAACAUUCCUGACACCUGCAAAAAAUGUAAUUCCAGAGAGUGAAGAUGAGAGCUCCAUCACUCUGUCUUCAGAUGCAAUGGACAGAUUCAGACUGACAGAAAGAUCAAGUGAGCCCUGUUCAAGCUCAUCUAUGACUGGUAAAAUAGCCCUAAACUUGGACAGUAAUUCUGAUGUUGAGGAGACAGAGAAAAGCAAAACUGAAUCAGAGGCUCAGAUUGAAGUUGUUCCAAAAGUGGAACCAGUAUCUUCAGCUGGUCUUCAUAUGGACAGUGAUACUGAUGUAGAGGAAGAGGAGACAGAGAAAAGCAAGAUAAAGCUGGAACCAGUAUCGUCAACUGAUCUUCAUAUGGACAGUGAUACUGAUGCUGAGGAAGAAGAGACAGAGAAAAGCAUGACUGAACCUGAAGCUCAGAUUGACGUAGCUUCCAAGAGGGAAUCAGUAACUUCAGCUGAUCUUCAUAUGGACAGUGAUACUGAUGUUGAGGUAGAGGAGGAAGAGAAAGGUAAGGCUGAACCAGAUGUUCAGAUGGAAGUAGCUCCAAAGGUGGAACCCACAGCUGAUCUUUAUAUGGACGGUGAUACUUAUGUUGAGGACGACAAGCCUCCCAUUCCUGAAAAUGUCCACAAAAAGAACAAAGAACCUCCCAGAGUUUUAGCAGAAAGACUUUCACCAGCCCCCGCUCACACAGAAUUCUACUUGAACAGUGACACUGAUGUUGAGGAUAACGAUCCCAUGGAGGUUUCCAUGGUGACAGGGGUUUCACAUCCAGUCAGAGAGGAAAGUGACAUCAGACCUAUAUCAGCUCCAGGGACAAAGUUCCACAUUGACAGUGACACUGAUGUAGAUGAAGAAGCUGAAGACAAGGAAAAGACGGAGGCCAGAGACCUUCUGCCAAAUAGUGAAAUAGAUGAUGAGGAUCCUCUUAAACCUUUACUCGUCAGAGCACUGGAUGUUGCAGUGAGUCAGAAUGCUUCCAUGAGCAGCAAAGCCGAGCAAUCAGAAGAGAGCACCUUCAAAAAACAAAACCAUCCUUACCAAGCACAGAUUAGAUAUGAGGAACCCACCCAAGCUUAUGAGCACUCAGAAGAAGACUGGGACCUGCAGCCCACACAGGCAUACGGAGUUACUGGAGCCAGUGCUGGGCUCAGGCCAAAACAACUUGACCUUGAGGCUACACAGGCAUACGGAACAGAGAUAGACAGAGAGGAUGAAGAGGUGGAGGAUUCUCUGGGUCAUACCCAAACCUACUCCAACCUCUCCACUGCUGAAACCCAGCUCAUCCCUACUGCAAAGGCUGAGGAAGAUGAUGAUGAAAUGAUGCUUGAUGACUCUCACCUCUCCACAGCAGAUACUCUGAUCAUCUCCAGCACCCCUAAACAAGAAGAGCAGUCACAGACUUUCGCACUUUUCAAUGCCCCCACACAACUCAUCUGGGCUGGAGAGGAGAAAGAGGCAGAUCAGAGUGAGCCCACCCAGCUUGUGGAGUCCGAUACUACCAAUGAAAUGCAGUGUGCACAAGAGGGUGAGGAGGAGGAGGGGAACACGGAAUGGGGUAGAAGGAGAACCCAUAGUGGAGACAAAAUCCAGAAAGAUAAAAACAAGCCCAACUCCCAGAUUUUCAUUGCAGAAAUGCAGCCUAUGUAUGAGGAAGAAGAGGCACCAGAUGAAGAUCUGAACAGUGGGGUUAGCAGCGGGCAAAUAGAUGAAGAUAAAUCCAAACAAUUCCAAAAACCCUCCAUCUCUCAUGUCUUCAUGGUGGAAACACAGCCAAUGCAUGAGGAAGGCGAGGGACAGGAGAAAGAGCUCAGUGACAAGAUGCUGUCUAGAAGAUCAUGCAGAGGAAGACUGAAAACAGAGGAGGACAUCCCUCAUCAUAUAACAGAAACAGAGCCUGUUUGUGAGGAAGAAAAAGAAAGGGAUGAAGAUCUCAACAGUGGAAUUAAAUCCAAGAGAUCCCGCAGGGGUAUGCAAAAAAAUGAAGGUGAACCUGCACAGUCUGUCGGACCAAACUCUGAUCACAACGUUGCUGAAACACAGCCCAUGUGUGAGGAGAAUGCCCAAGAAGAACAAGCAAGCACAGACAGCUCACUUAAAAGAAGACAAACUAGUGGCCGAAGUCAGAGGAAAGAGAAGGCAGAGGAGGCUGGUGAGACAGCAGCAUCUAGUAAAGGCAGAGGAAAAUGUAGAAAAGGUCAGAAAGGAAAAAGGAAGAGGGGAAAAGCAUUGUCUGAGGAAGAGGAAGAGAGUGAGGAGGAAAAAAUAACAACGAGGAGGGGAACAAGAAGGACUGGUUUGAGAAAGAAAUGUAGAGAAGAGGAAAGAUUUGAGGAGAACGUAGAGCAGAAUGCACAUAAAGAGAAAGAGCUGCAAGAACAGGAGAAAACAAGGUUAGAAAGAGAAGAAAAGGAGAGACUGGAGUGCAAGGGAAAGGAAAAAGAAGAACAUAAAGAGCGAGAAAAAGAAAUAAAACAAAAGGAGGUAGAAGAGCCAGAACGAUUGAAAAGGGAAGAAGAGGAGGAAAACAAGAGAAAAGAGAGGGAAAAAGAGGAAAACAAACUGUUAGAAAGAGAGCUGACGGAACAAUUGGAGAGGGUGAGAGAAAGAGAAGAGGAUGAAAGAAUCAGGAUGGAGAAAGAAGAAAAGGAGAGAACAGAGAGGUUAAAGAGGGAAAAGGAGGAAAACAAUCGGUUGGAAAGAGAGUUGAAGGAAAGAGAAGAGCAGGAAAGGAGAAAAAGAGAAGAAGAGGAAAAAAUCCAAAAAGAAAAAGAGGAAAAUGAGAGAAUAGAGAGGUUAAAGAGGGAACAAGAGGAAAAAGAUUGUUUAGACCGAGAGUUGAAGGAAAGAGAAAAGAUGGAGAAGUUGGAGAGGAGAGAAAGAGAAGAUGUAGAAAGACAAAAGCUUAAAAAGGAAGAGGAGGAAACAUUUCAGAGAGAGAGGAGGGAGAUGGAACAAAAAGACAAGAUGGAAAAUGAGGAGUUUUUACAAAGAUUAGAGGCGGUGAGACAAGAAAAUAAGAAGCUUGAGAUGAAAACUGAAAAACGGCAGAAAAGAAAACAAAAAGAGACAGAGAAGAACCAUUCAGAGAAUGAAAAAUUGGAGGAGGAAAAGACAGAUCUAAAGGUACCCAGUGACGAAGCUCCAGGCAGAAUGACACGUCGCCAAUCAAGCUCCUCAAUGAACUCGGAGCAGUCUGUAUCCUCACAACAGGAGCAAUCUAGCCAGAAGGGCCGAGGGAGGGGCAGGGGGCGAGGCCGAGGGAGACAGACAGUUAACGAGGAACCAGUCAGUGUCAGACAGUCUGGCAGGAGAAAAAACAUUCCAGGUCCUGCUAGUGAAGUUGAGGAAACAGAGCAGGACUCCAGUUGCGUACCCCAGUCUCGAUCUCGCUCCAGUUCUGAAAGAUCCCCUAACAGCUUGGGAACUCAGAACCAAGGGACAAGGGGAAGAGGAAGAGGGAGGCAAAGUGUGAAAUUACCAGAACAAGUAGAGGAAAUUACCCAAGCCAAAACUUCAGGAAGAGGCAGGGGGAAAGGAGGUAGGCGUUCUGGUGCAGAGAAUAUCAAUGCUGGAAUGAGCAAUGAGCAUGAACAAGAUGCAGAGGCAGUAGAGGAAGAGCCUGCUAUAGCCCAAAGCAACAGCAGAUGUCGUAAGAGAGCAGCCAACACUAGCACAUCCACAGAUGAGAUGCCUCCACCCACACCGAAGACACCACGAUGCUCUGUAGCCAGUCAGAUGCACAAGGUGUUAUUUACUGGGCUGACUGAUGAGGAAGGGGAAAAAGUAGUUGCCCGGUUGGGUGGGAGUCUGGCGAGGGGGGUGAACGAUAUGACUCAUCUGGUGACUGAUAAGGCUAGACGCACUGUUAAGUUUCUGUGUGCUGUUGCCAGAGGAGUGCCUAUUGUGACUCCUGACUGGCUAAAGAAGUGUGGCAAAUCCAGCCAUUUCCUCUCUGCUGAUGAAUAUUUAUUGAAGGAUGUCGAGCAGGAGAAGAAGUUUAGUUUCAGCCUACAAAAGGCACUGCAAACAGCUCAAAGCCAGCCUCUCUUAAAGGGUUAUGAGAUUCAUGUGACGCCAUCUGUCAUGCCAGAACCAUCUCAAAUGAAAGAAAUCAUCAUCUGUUGUGGAGCACGUUUCCUUGCCAAAAUGCCCUCUGGUCAUAAGGAACACACUGUGGUGGUGUCAUGUGAGCAGGAUAGAGCACUUUGUGAGAAGGCAGCGAGUGUGUCAUUGCCCGUGGUCAGCACAGAGUUUCUAUUGACUGGCAUUCUGCAGCAGAGAGUUGACCUGCAGGCCUAUUCUCUCACUUCCUCUCUCAGCACGUCCAAUCAGCCUGCAGCCCCCAAAGCUCCAGCCAGGAGCCGUAGGAAGUAAUGACAUUGACAUUGGACAGGACUUUCCAUGUGUUAUAUUUGUGCCAGUCUUGUAUCUGAUUAAAGACUGCUUAAGAAGAUGAAUAAGAGAAUUAAUUACAUUCCAGUUUUAUAAACUAAGUAAUUAAUUAGAUUAGAUGUGAAAUGCUUGCUACAGUUGUAACCACACACCCACUGAUUCCUGUGAAUGUGAGAGCUCAAGAGAAUGUGAGAGGUGGCUGCCAAUGAAUUAAGAGUGUAUUUGGAAUGGGAGAAUGAGCUCCCCUGGGUUUAUCAAAUUACUUCAAUAAACUCUUUCCGAGCCAGAAUAAA